GAAAGCAUCAGUCCUUCCGGUCUGCAUUGGACCUGUAAAGGGGACGAGGACAUUUGAGAUAAAGCCGAGUUCUCGCGGAAAGGGAGGCUGUUACUGAUUCAUUAUCGCAUGGGACUCAGUGCUACCGGCAAGAUGUCUUGACUGAGCGCAGCUGCCAUCAUGGAGAGUCAGGAGGGACACAGAACCCCGGACCGCGUGGGCCUGAGAGCUCCGAGAAGCUGGAUACGGUUGAUUUGUGGACCGAGGAACCUCACUCUGAAGGAUGUUUUUACUUGCCACCUCCUGAAAACGGUCGCAUUGGGUCAGAUCCUGUCCAUGCUGAUCUGUGGGACGGCUGUGACCAGUCAGUAUUUGGCAGAAGCUCAAGUGGACACGCCGAUGCUGCAGAGUUUCCUAAACUACAUGCUGCUGCUUCUGACCUACACCACCACUCUGUCACUCAGGAGAGGCGAUGAGAGCAUAUUUAAGAUUUUGAAGGAGAAGUGGUGGAAGUAUUUGCUGCUGGCCCUCACAGACGUUGAAGCAAACUACACAGUUGUGACAGCGUACCAGUUUACUACAAUCACAAGCAUUCAGCUGCUGGACUGCUUUGUGAUCCCGGUGCUCAUGGUGCUCUCGUGGUUCUUCCUGAAGACCCGUUACAGGCCACUGCACUUCAUCGCUGUGGCCGUGUGUCUGCUUGGGGUCGGAGCCAUGGUGGGAGCUGACCUGCUUGCUGGAAGAGACCAGGGCUCAAACUCUGAUGUGUUACUGGGUGAUGGCUUGGUGCUGAUCAGUGCUGCUCUGUAUGCCGUGUCUAACAUGUGUCAGGAGUACACAGUGAAGAACCUGAGCAGGGUGGAGUUCCUGGGCAUGAUGGGACUUUUCGGAACACUGAUCAGUGGUGUACAAAUGGCUGUACUUGAGGCUGGAGCGGUCAGUAAGAUCACCUGGGACUGGACAAUAUCCCUGCUCUUCUUCGCCUAUGUGCUGUGCAUGUAUGGCCUGUACAGCUUUAUGCCUGUGGUGGUGAAAAUGACCAGCGCUACAGCGGUGAACCUCUCGCUGCUGACGGCUGAUCUCUUCAGUCUCUUCUGCGGAAUCGUACUCUUUCACUACAAGUUCUCGGUCCUGUACAUCGUGUCAUUUGUGGUGAUCACCGUCGGCUUCGUUCUGUUUAACAUCGUUCCCACCUACGCAACGGAUCAACACCAAGCCACUGACAACGCUUAUCAGAGCGUGGCCACUGCAGAGGUGGUGCAGGGAGACGGAGAGACCGCACUGAACUGGCAGAAAGACGGACAGCAGGAGGAGAAGUGUGGACACACGGAGCCCUGUACACUGAAAUACAUGGUGUAACCUGAGACUCUACAGUGUAGAGAGUAUACAGUGUUGGACAUGCCUGAUUUUUAAAGGCAGUACCUUUUCACUUUGACCAGAAAGUAUAUUUUUUUUUGUUGAUUUGUUGGAUUAGAUGAAGCUUUUACACUGUAAAAUGAAGGUUUUUUUUACUGUAUAUGGCUGAUCAGUAUAUCAGUAGAUGCUGUUUUAUUUAGUCUGAAGUUUAAUGUUACACUCUGCUCUAGUUAGUAGGGAAUUGUUCUUUAAACGGGGUUUUAUUAUUGUAAUGAUCCUUGAUUUACACAUGUUUAUAUUAAGCCCCAGCUACUGGACUGCACUGAAAAUCCUCUUAUGUCUUGUGCCAGUAUACAAAACAAACCCCAGUGCUUCUAUUCAUCAUGAUACUAAAAUAUUUAAACUUCUGUGAGGUUAUAAAAAAUGGUUUUCUGAAUGUGCCUGUGAUAGUUUUAGACUCAUGUUUUAAAUCUAAAAGAUUAUCAUCUCAUGAGAUUGCAUUCCAUUGGUUCUUAAAUUAUUGUCAUAAAAUGACUUUUUUUGGUCAGUUUAUAAUGUUUAACUGCUCGAAGCAGAUGUACCAACUGUAUGAGAACACUUUUUAUUGACAUGCUGAGUAUUUAAUAAAUAACUUUGUUUCUA